AUGCAGAUCGACCCUGCGGCCCUAACAGGGACGACCGACUUUGCGCCGGCGUCUACUACAACCAAGCCUGUCCCGACUGGCCCUCCGAUUGCCCCGAAAACGACUAAAGCGCUCAUAUCGGUUCCGCGCCUUGAUGUCGAACCUAUUUAUACCGAGCUCAAAAGCGCCAUCGGGGACGGUUGGUCCGAGUAUAAGCAGGCAAUCACACUCUUCUUGCUUGGACACCUUAAUCAGAAUGAAUUUACUCUUCGAGCUGCGCCAUUGCUGGCCGUUGACCCAAAGCGCGAACGACUUCACAAUAAUUUUGUCUGCGCGUUGCUGGGAAAUCUGACUAGGGACCUUCCUGACCAUGGAGUUGCGAGCUGGGUUUCCGCAAAUGACAAGCCAACAGUGGUGUCAAAACCGGCCUCUGGAGAUGCCGCUGAACAGCGCCUCAAGACAGAGGUCAUGCAGCUUCCGCCGAGAGAUAGGCGAAGAUUAAAAGCGAUCCCAGAGUCUGAUCCAAGUACUCUUCCCAACCCUCUCGAGGAAUACCAACUGGCAAGACAGAUCAGGCUUCCGGACCAGGUGCCUGCGAGUGCCGGCGGCUUAAAUAAAACAAACUGGGAGCUUGAGAUUCGUAAACGAUAUGCCCAACCUCUAGCAUCAGAAACCGGAGAGUUUCCUGACUCCGAAUCAAUAUAUGCGCGCAUGACACCUAUUUGCUAUGAGGAAUCCAUAUCGAAUGGAGCCACUUUCGCAUGCGCGACUUACAUGGCUAUUGCGACUGAAAAUUUUGUAAAGACAUUUCUCUCUAAUGUCUUCGGCCGGACCAAAUGUAAUGGCCCCUCGGGAACUAUAAAUGGAAUGACGACAAGGAAAUACCGCCGCCAAUUAGAACGUGAAGAAAUGGCAUUUACACGAGGAGAGCUAGUUAGAAAUACCACCAACGGCCUUCUCCCUGUUGAAGCAAAGGAAGCGAGCAAUCGCCAACCGUUGGGGCUACGUGACCUCAAAUUGACCCUUGACAUCGCGCCUGGGGCUCUUGGACACAUGCCCCUUAUCAUUAGCCAGAUAAUGGGGGGUUACCUUGAAGAAGAACUUGAAGCGGAAAACCAAUGUUACAUACAAGAGGCCAAUAUUGCUACCGAUGGCGCUGAUCAUUUACCCUCUGGAGAUGAGAUGGAUAUCGAUGAAGAUCCUUGGGACUGGGAUGGUGCUACGGCUGCGGACCAUAGCCAACUCAAUUCGAUUCUUGAUGAGUGCCUUUCUAUGGCAUCCUGA